ACAGUAACACUAACCUGGAGGACAGGGAAAACAAACAAGGAAGACCAGCUGCAUUCUGGGUAUUUGGAACACUGAGCUGGGUAUAAAAGCCACUUCAGGUAGGAGCUCCAGACAUUCUCACCUUUCCCCAGACCAACCAGCCUCCACCAUGUGCCACACCAGCUGUUCUUCAGGGUGCCAGCCAUCCUGCUGUGUGUCCAGCCCCUGCCAGCCAUCCUGCUGCGUGUCCAGCCCCUGCCAGUCAGCUUGCUGCAGGCCUGUUGUAUGCAUUCCUGUGAGCUGCAGGCCCACUGUGUGUGUAGCCCCCUCCUGUCAGUCCUCUGUGUGUGUGCCUGUGAGUUGCCGGCCAGUCUGUGUGACCUCCUCUUGCCAGUCAUCUGGAUGCUGCCAGCCCUCUUGCCCCACCCUGGUGUGCAGACCUGUCACCUGCAGUACUCCCACCUGCUGCUGA